UUCCAUCUGAAUGCAUCUUUGCUCCCUCUCCGUUCCUUCCCGUGUUAUCCCGUCUCAUUCUGUUCCGUUCCGUCCCAUCCCAUCAGCAUGCCAAACGAUACGUACAUGUCCGAGCUCGAUUCUACUCUUUCCAGUGUCCCUUUUCACAAAUAAAGGGACUUCCGUUGUCAAGGCUUCUACCUUCAAAGAAAAGCCUCCAACCUCCUCCGCCGUUUGCCGUCUCUCCUCCCACAGACGCCGAGCACCGAGUUGCAGUAGCCACCACAAAUGAUGAUGAAGCUCUGGAAAUGGUACCAGAACUGCCUCUCUUUCCACCCACUCAAAACCCAGGUCAUCAGCUCCGGCGUCCUCUGGGGCGUCGGCGACAUUGCCGCCCAGUACGUUACUCACUCCAACGCAAGAAGGCGCCUUCAUCUUUCUGAAAAGAUACUUUUCAGUUCGGUUAUGUCUUUCAAAUUGAAAAAUGAACUAUGGAGUUCAGGAUACAGACGCAAACUUCAAGGUUAACUGGAAACGCGUAGCUAUCACAAGCACAUUUGGGUUUGCCUUUGUUGGACCAGUUGGCCAUUUCUGGUACGAAGGCUUGGACAAGUUUAUAAAGCUGAAGCUUCACCUACAACCCAAGUCAGCGCAGUUUGUUGCUGCUAAAGUGGCAAUGGAUGGCCUUAUCUUUGGCCCCUUGGAUUUGUUGGUGUUUUUCACUUACAUGGGAUUUUCCACGGGCAAGAAUUCUGUUCAGGUGAAGGAGGAUUUGAAGAGAGAUUUCCUACCAGCCCUUGCGUUGGAGGGUGGUGUGUGGCCAAUUGUUCAGACUGCGAAUUUCCGAUAUGUUCCUGUGAGGUACCAACUCCUCUAUGUAAACAUCUUUUGCCUGUUGGACAGUGCCUUUUUGUCAUGGGUCGAGCAGCAAAAGGAUGCUGCUUGGAAGCAGUGGUUCACAUCUUUUACUUCAGUUAAGGAACGAGGAGGUCAGGGCAGAUUAUGAUUAUCUUCUGCUUCCCCCAAUUUUCCGUUCUUUCCUUCGUUUGUUCGGUUUAGAGUGGUGCAAAAUGGGGAAAAAGUAUGUUCUUUAGGCAGAAAGCAUCAUGAGCCCUCCUGAGACUACCAACCACCGGUUUUCGAUGUUGGGGUAUGGGAGUGUGAUGUAAUUGUUUUCAAGUUGUAUGUGUUCAAAUACUUUUACAAUGAAAUGAAAAACACAGUUUAAUUUUUUCA